AUAAAUGUUUGGAUUAAUAGUUUAGGUGUUGAUCUAUAAGCUUCUGUUUUCUUACAAAAAUAUUAAACCUGUCUUUUUUCCCACAAUAACAUGAGUUCAUUUAAUUCUCAUUGUCUGCUGCAGAUCUUCAGGUUUUGAGUUGUGACUCCAUAAUGUUUGUCCCGAGCCCCUGUAGAGCGCGCGCUCAGCAUAUGGACGGCGCGUGUCCCGCUGCAGCUCAGAGGCUGAAGGACGCACAGCUGAUAAUCUGCUUUAAUCGGUUAAGUUUGCCCAGCGUGGCCUUUGCAGGUGAUCAGGUGAAGCUGAACGUUCAUGCGGAGCCACAUCCACCCGCCGUCCCGACAGCCCUCCGCGCGCUGCUGCCGUCCCGCUCAGGUGAAACUUGUUGGCGCGCGCUCCCAGACUUUUCCAUCUGUUCCUUUGAGGCGCGGGGCGCAUGUGGAGUCCGGCUCAGCUCCCUCUGGGUUUGUAGCGACAUGAGAAGCAGGAGCUUUCCCCACAGUCCACCCCGCCCGUGCUGACAGGACGCUGGCCGCACUGCUGUGGCUCUCCCCGGGACGCACCGACCGCAGAGCCGCGGCGGAGAUGGCGGCCAACGCGAGCGCGGCGGAGGCGGCGGCGGAGGGACACAACCCGCUGGCGCUGGUGUUCGGCGUGCUGCUGAUCGUGGUGAUCAUCUGCGGGAACCUGCUGGUGUGUCUGAGCGUCAUCACGGAGAGGGCUCUGAAGACCACCACCAACUACUUCAUCGUCAGCCUGGCGGUGGCAGACCUGAUGCUGGCGGUGCUCGUGCUGCCGCUCUUCGUCUACUCGGAGUUCCAGGAUGGUGUGUGGACUCUCAGUACCACGAUCUGUGAUGGCUUAAUGACCAUGGAUGUCAUGCUGUGCACCGCCUCCAUCUUCAACCUCUGCGCCAUCAGCAUCGACAGGUUCAUUGCUGUGUCCAUCCCUCUAAACUACAACAGGAAGCACGUGGACCUGCGGCAGACUGUUCUGCUGUCAGCUACUUGGGUCUUGGCCCUGGCUGUGGCCUCCCCCAUCAUGUUUGGUAUCAACGACAUCCCAAACCGGGACCGCAGAGAGUGCAAGCUGGAGAGCGAUGACUAUGUGCUGUACUCGUCCGUGUGCUCUUUCUUCAUCCCCUGUCCCAUCAUGGUGCUGCUGUACUGCGGGAUGUUUCGCGGGCUGCACCGCUGGGAGGAGGCUCGCAGAGCCAAGCUCAAGAGCAGCAUCCAGGCCUGCCGCAAACUGCAGGAGGCCGCCGCAUCGCUGCCUCCUCUAGCCUCCCUACCUCCGCCACUGCCUCCCAUCAUAGAGAGGGACCCGAGCGACGUGCCGGGCGAGCAGCCCGACUUGCCACCGGUGGAACACCCACCUAACUCUGAGUACAAAGGAUCUAUACCCACAGUGAGCUUCGCUGAGAUCAAGUUUGACCCCAACCCUAACAGGAAAAAGAGGGCCAAAAUCAACAGCCGAGAGAGGAAAGCCAUGAGGGUGCUUCCUGUUGUUGUUGGUGCCUUUCUCUUUUGCUGGACCCCCUUCUUUGUUCUCCACAUCAUGCGAGCGCGUUGUCAUGACUGCCAAAUCCCAUCGGCCUUGAUGAGCGUGGUAACGUGGCUUGGAUACGUCAACAGCGCUCUAAACCCCAUCAUCUACACCAUCUUCAACACCGAGUUCAGAAACUUCUUCAAGAAGGUUUUGCACCGCUGCUGCUCAUAGAGGAACCCCGCAGCUGCUGGACCAACUCUGAACUUCUGCUGGAGUCUGUCAGUCUCUGUCCUCUGUGAGGUCUCUACUGCCACUGACAGCAAAGCUUAAAUUAAUCCUGUGAAUCAUUUUCUUCUGUGUUAUUAUCAGCACUUUCAACAGCUUUAUACCAUUUCUAAUGACCAGCUGAGGAUCACGCUGACUGUACACAGGAGACAGCAGCACUCGCUCUUCUUCAUGGACUGAUGUGCUGCUUCAUGCAGAUGUUUCAUACAGAAGAAUCUAUGCAGCCUGUAUUUGGUUGAACUAUUCCAGGUAGUAUGGUCAGGUUUGUAUGUUCCAGUUUAGAGCCUGAAGACCUUUUCUCUGAUGGUUGUGACUAGCCUUCACUUGCAUAGAUCAGUGUGAAUGUCAGCUCACUCUGUGCCAUGUAGAAGUUCUGCUGUGUGUUUAAGGCCUUUUUCUCAUCAGCAGCUACUUUUCUGUUUUUUUUUUAUUUUUUUAAUUUACAUUAAGAUGUAAAAAAAAAUCAUAUUUCUUAAAAAAAUCAAGAGUUUACAUUUUUGAAGAUGAGGCUCCAGAAUCUUUGGAAAGGUUUUUCUUCUUACUGCCUUAAUCUACUUAGAUGUCAAAGAGUAAAUAAAAUAUUUGAAUGUUUGUGUUCAUCUAUUUGCAGUCACAUUGACAGUUGUGUGUGCCAGUACACAUUUAGGUGUUUUAUUUGCUAUGUACUGAGGAA